AUGACGCCGAUCCGCGAGAGCGAGGACGGGACGUCGUCAAGCGGCGAUAACGUCGCAACGGAAGGCGAAGAGGAGGACGACGAGGAGCAGCGCGAAGAGCUGACACCAUACGUGGCCAAGUGCUAUGGCCAUUUGGAGACGCUGAGGAAGCGGAAACGCGAGCAAGAGGAGCGAGUAGAGACGCUGGUGGAAGAAACGUUCGGACAGAUUGAGACCAUCAUGCAAGAAAUCAUGCGCGGGCUGCAGGAGCGCCACGCCGUCUCCCACGCACACUUUGAGGCCACGGAGAGCCAAACUCUCCCGCAGCCUGCGGGAACACAAUCCGGGUUCGUGCAGCAUUUGUGUGCUCAGAAGAAACUCAAGUUGAUUGCGUCGAUUCUGCUGCGCGAGGACACCGACGAGUAG